AUGGGAUUGCUCGAUCUCGAGAAGCACUUCGCCUUCUACGGUGCUUACCACAGCAACCCAAUCAACAUCGUAAUCCACAUCUGCUUGGAUAAGAAAUCUGGGUUCGUUGCGGCUCUCAUGUGUUUCGCUUGCUGGGUCGGUUCCAGUGUCUUCGCUGAUCGAUUAGGACCUUCUCUUGCCUGUAGUGAAGAGAGUGGAUUUGAGGAAACCCACAUUGUGGAAUCAGUUUCAUGGGAUGAUCUUGAGAGAAACGCUGCUAGUAAAGCCGGUGGUUCUUCUAAAAGACAUCACUCCUGGAGAUCUCACCAGCACGACCCUUCUAGAAAAGAUGACGAAUCACCUGGAAACUUGUACGAACUGUGGAGGCAAGAACAGAAUAUCAUAGCUGCAAGACUAGACAAGGAGCUUAAAUCCAGGUCGGAGCUUGAUGAGCUGAUUGAAGAACAGCUGAGCAGAUACCAGUCGCAUUACUUCAAGACCAUGGUUUCAACUUCCUUGAAGGAUGUCUCUAACCUUCUCAUGCCCACCUGGAUACCGCCUCAUGAGCUGGUUGCUGUGUCCUGGCUUGGAGACUGGUGUCCCACUUCCAUUCUUGACCUUCCACAGAAAUAAGAUACCGCCUCAUGAGCUGGCUGCUGUGUCCUGGCUUGGAUACCGCCUCAUGAGCUGACUCAGGUAUAAAGUGUUGGAACUGGUGAUGAAGAAGCUGCUGAAUCAAACAGAUACAGCAGAGUUUGUGGUCGCAUUUGCAGGGAUUCAAGACGCCAUCCACCAGUUCUUGGAAAUUCUGUCUUCUUAGCAACUCAUAUUGUCCAUGUACAACAGUAUGAAACCUGAAACUAACAGUUUCGCUGACCAUGUCUUGAUAUAGUCAUUGGUAUUAACUCUUUAUAAGCUAUGCAGUAUUGAUCGAUGUUAUGAACAAACCAUUUAUAUUUUUCUCUUCCGAGUGUAUUGUGUUUCCCUUUACCUUUUCAACAAACCAUUUUUUUUUCCU